UGACACCUUAUAACCUAAAACCCCCAGUCCAUAAUCAUAGAUUACAGAGUAAUCCGAAAUUCAAAUUUUCGAACCAAUUUUUCCUAGAAAGAAGAUUUAAUUAUGAAAGCAAAAAGAAACAAGCAAGUUAAAAAGAUCUUAGGUUUUUAUGAAAACAACUUUGGCUUCAGACUGCCGUACCAAGUAUUGGUUGAUGGAACGUUUUGUUAUGCUGCACUUCAGAAUCAAAUACAUAUCGCCGACAACCUACCCCGUUAUCUGCAAGGAGAAAUUUUAUUAUUCACCACAUCAUGUGUUAUUAUAGAAAUGGAAAAGUUUGGCAGCAAAGUGAUUGGAGCCUUAUUGAUUUUAAAACAAUUUGGAGUACACAAAUGUGGACACGAAAAAAAAGCAAUUCCUGGAGCCGAGUGUCUAUUAUCUAUGCUGGGCAAAAGAAAUGAAAGGCACUAUAUCCUAGCUACACAAGAUAAAGAUUUGGAAAAUAAAGUUCGGCAGAUUCCUGGUGCAGCAUUACUCUACCUGCAUAGUAAAACUCCGAUUCUUGAAAAACCUUCAAUGGCAUCUGUUUCUUUUGCCAAGGAAAAAGUAGCAGGAAUAGGAACAAUUCAGAGUGGGGAAUUGAAAAAACUCAAAGAAGCACAUGGAAUUGUUGAAGAAAACCUGAAAAAACCGAGAAAAAAAAAGAUUAAAGGACCAAAUCCUUUAUCAUGUAUGAAGAAAAAGGGAAAGAAGAACAAGCAAAAUCUAAAAGCAAAUAGUGAAACGACAGAACUUCCACAAAAAGAAAAACCGAAGAAGAAAAAAAUAAGAUAUUCUAAACACAUCAAGGAUGAAAUCAAGCAAGGAAAUCUUGUUGUGGUAAAGGAAGAAGCACAAAAAAUUAGCAGUGAGAAACAUGGAUAAAACUAUUUAUGGUCGUUGAUCUUCUACCAUGAAAGGUAAUUUAUUGCUUCAUGAACUGAGGCAAACAAACUCACUUAUACCCGAAAUUUAUUCAUAUACAUAACACAUUCUCAUAUGAAAUCAACAAAUUCAGAUUGUGACAUUUAUUUAUUUUAUUUCAGCUGAUGUUUUGUGAAUGAUUUUGUGACUUCAUUUGCACCAGUUCAUGAUGCACUAAAAACCUUAAAUAUUGAGAGGGAGAGUCUUAUAUUGGCAAUUUCUAGUAGUGGCUGCAUUUAAAAAAAUAUUUCAGGCUAUUACAGUGAAAUUCUGAAUGUGAAUUUUAUGCUUGAGGGUAGGAUAAUAAAUCAUUGACUUAUUUUGUACAUUCGUUUAUUUCUUUGUGAUAUAUUUAUAUAUAGGAAUCAUUCUUAACACUGUGGUAACACAGAAAUCUACUAGAAAUAUUCAUGAUUUCUAACUAACAAAUAGACCCGUUAAUAAAUUAUUAAAUCAAUACAAUAUUAUUUAUAUAAUUAUAAAUUCUUAUAAUAGUUA